ACAACCCCUUCACCCUGGGAAUCUUUUCAGCUCUCUGUCCUUUUCCAGCCCGGACGGUGUGGCGAGCAGACCUGCAGCCACUUUCUCCACUUCUUUCUUCUCUAGCCCUUCAUUUCCCAUCUUGAAACACAACAACAUGGAUCCCAAAGCCAUAAAGGAGGAGCUGCGGCUGUUCCAGAGCACCUUAUUGCAGGAUGGACUGAAGGAACUUCUGAAUGAGAACAAGUUUGUGGACUGCACUUUAAAAAUCGGUGACCGCAGCUUUCCCUGCCAUCGCCUGAUCAUGGCCGCCUGCAGCCCCUACUUCAGAGAGCUCUUCUUCUCCGAGGACGGCAAGGAGAAGGAGAGUGGCAAAGAAGUGGUUCUGGAUGACGUCGAUCCCACCAUCAUGGACAUGGUCAUCCAGUAUCUGUAUUCGGCUGAGAUCGACUUGACGGACGACAACGUUCAGGAGAUUUUUGCAGUGGCGAACCGUUUCCAGAUUCCCUCAGUGUUUACAGUAUGCGUGAACUACCUUCAGCAGAAGCUUUCGCUGUCCAAUUGUCUAGCCGUUUUCCGGCUCGGCCUUGUCCUCAGCGUUCCCAGGCUCGCCAUAGCGGCUCGCGAUUUCAUCGCUGACCGCUUCGAAACCGUGUCUGCCGAGGAGGAGUUCCUUCAACUGGCACCUCAUGAGCUUUUGGCCCUGAUUGGUGGAGACACGCUUAAUGUGGAGAAAGAAGAAGUCGUGUUCGAGUCUGUGAUGAAGUGGGUGCGCAGCGACAGGGCCAAGCGCGCCAAGAGUCUAGGAGAAGUUUUCGACUGCAUCCGCUUCCGCUUGCUUCCGGAGAAGUACUUCCGGGAGAAGGUGGAGAACGAUGACGUGAUCAAGGCCGAUCCUGAAGUCUUGAAGAAGCUGCAAGUCAUCAAAGAUGCCUUCGGAGGAAAACUCCCCGAGAAGAAACCCAAAGAGAAGAAGGAAGGAGAGGCCGGAGAAGAGGAAGAAGAGGAGCUGCUGCCGGGUUACUUGAAUGAUACUCGUAGGCUGGGGAUGUACGGACGUGAUCUAAUCGUCAUGAUCAAUGACACGGCUGUUGUUGCGUACGACGUGGCCGAGAAUGAGUGUUUUCUGGCUGCCAUGUCAGAGCAAGUGCCGAAGAACCAUGUGAGUUUCUGCACCAAGAAGAACCAGCUCUUUGUCAUCGGGGGCCUGUUCGUUGAUGAAGAAAGCAAAGAGUCUCCACUGCAGUGCUACUUCUACCAGCUGGACAGUAUCGCUGCUGAUUGGAGGGCAAUGCCACCAAUGCCCAGCCCCCGAUGCCUGUUCAGUCUGGGUGAAUGUGAACACCUGCUGUUCGCCGUCGCCGGCAAAGACCUGCAGACCAACGAGUCCCUCGACUCAGUCAUGUGUUAUGACACUGAAAAGAUGAAAUGGAGCGAGACCAAGAAACUUCCUCUGCAUAUUCACGGCCAUGCAGUUGUCUCACAUAACAACCUGGUGUACUGCAUUGGAGGAAAGACAGAUGACAACAAAGCUAUCAAUAAAAUGUUCGUGUACAACCACAAGCAGUCUGAAUGGCGAGAACUGGCUGCUAUGAAGACGGGCAGAGCAAUGUUUGGUGCCGUAGUUCAUAAAGGAAAAAUCAUUGUAGCUGGCGGAGUGAAUGAAGGAGGACUCAUAGCUCUAUCUGAAGCCUACGAUUUUGGAACAAACAAGUGGGACACAUUCACAGACUUCCCCCAAGAACGCAGCUCUGUGAAUCUUGUGAGCACCGGAGGAAACCUCUUCGCAAUUGGCGGCUUUGCUAUUGUAGAGCUGGAAGACAAAAGCAUCGGACCCUCCGAGGUCACUGACAUUUGGCAGUAUGAAGAUGACAAAAAGACAUGGAGUGGCAUGCUGAGAGAGAUGCGCUACGCCUCUGGCUCCUCUUGCGUUGGCAUGCGUCUGAAUGCGGCCAGGAUGCCCAAACUCUAAAUGAAACCCCUCUUUUAAAGUGUGACUCCAUAUGGUCAUGUGACCUUUGACCUCAGCACACAGCUGUGAUCAUUUAAGCGUAGUCUAAAAUGAGAAACCAAUGGAACUAAAAGUGCAAAAAAGCUUUUUGGGUUCUCUAUAAGUAUUUUUUCUUUUACAUUUUAGAUUUAACAGUUAAUGUGAAAUGAAUGUGUAUGUGUGUGAACAAGUCAUUUUUCAUUUAAUGCCAUGACAGCUAGAACAGGUGCGCGCCUAUUUCUGUGUUGUUAUUAUACUGUAAUAAAAAUAAAAACUCUAGUAUUCUACUUCAAUACUAGUAGGUUACUAUAUGUAUAUGCAUUUUAUUUUGUAAAAUAAACAUUUUUAAACCAUAUCAACUAACUUGUGGUGUUUUUCUAGCACAGUUGAUUUCCCUGAUAAUUGCAAAAAU